UCUCAUAGUAUAUGUUUUGUGUGUGUUCUACCACCAUCAUGGUCUAGAUUAUACAAGAUUAUAGUUCACUGGUUUUAAGUGAAAUUAAUGAAAGAGUUAAAUGUAAUAGAUCGAUUAGUGUCCCAAGGGGGGACAUUUACAUAAAAAAAGCAAAAAAGAAGGAAAUUUUUACGGAUUAAUUAACCAAAAUUUUGAAUUACAGUGUUUUUAAAUAAUGGGUCCACCAAAGCGCUUUAAAAAAGAUAAUGGUAAAUGGAAAAAGCGCAAGGACGAUUAUGAUGAAUACAACGAUGAUGAUUCCAUAGACAGUAAUGAAGCAGAUGGUGUGCCAGAUGCGGCUAAAAAUGAUGUGGAAAAACAAGAUGAAUGCGCAAUUGAGGAUGAAUUUGGAGCAAAAGAUUAUCGCUCGCAAAUGAUUUUAAAACCUGAUUGUUCAUCUAGACCAUUAUGGGUGGCACCAAAUGGACAUAUUUUCUUGGAAUCAUUUUCUCCUGUGUAUAAACAUGCCCAUGAUUUUUUAAUAGCUAUAUCAGAACCUGUAUGUCGGCCAGAACAUAUUCACGAAUAUAAAUUGACUGCAUAUUCACUUUAUGCCGCUGUUAGUGUAGGCCUACAAACACAAGACAUAAUAGAGUAUUUAAAGAGAUUGAGUAAGACUAGUAUUCCUGAUGGUAUAAUCGAGUUUAUCAAAUUGUGUACAUUGUCCUAUGGAAAAGUUAAACUUGUCUUAAAACAUAAUAAAUACUUUAUUGAAUCACCAUUCCCUGAAGUGCUACAAAGAUUACUGAAAGACCCAGUAAUUCAAGAAUGUCGAUUGAGAAAACUCACAGAAGAUAUGGAAAGUGAUGAUAUUGUUACGAAUGUUCAAGCCAAAAUGAAAGCUCCUCAGUUUGGAUCAAAAGCACUCGUAAAUACGUCUGUGUCUAGUAAAACAAAUUUAGAGAUUGAAUCUGACCAAAUAUUAACAGAAACCAUUCCAGAAGAUAUAACUGCUUUUUACGACAAAAUUGACAAAGAAGACGAAGAUGAGGAAGAAGAUCAAGAAUUGAAAACAGUUAGUUUUGAAGUAAAUCAGGAGAAAAUUGAAGUUAUACAAAAACGGUGCAUUGAACUAGAACAUCCUUUAUUAGCGGAAUAUGAUUUUCGCAAUGAUACCAUAAAUCCUGAUAUAAAUAUCGAUUUGAAGCCAUCAGCUGUAUUAAGACCUUAUCAAGAAAAAAGUUUACGGAAAAUGUUUGGUAAUGGCCGUGCUAGAUCCGGAGUAAUAGUCUUACCUUGUGGCGCUGGUAAAAGUUUAGUUGGAGUUACAGCUUGUUGUACAGUACGUAAACGCGCCCUAGUAUUGUGCAACUCUGGUGUAUCCGUAGAACAAUGGAAGCAGCAAUUUAAAAUGUGGUCCACCGCCGACGAUUCGAUGAUUUGCCGUUUUACUAGCGAAGCGAAGGAUAAACCAAUGGGCUGUGGAAUACUAAUAACUACAUAUUCUAUGAUCACGCAUACUCAGAAACGUUCGUGGGAAGCUGAGCAAACGAUGCGUUGGCUUCAAGAACAGGAGUGGGGUAUUAUGGUCUUGGAUGAGGUGCAUACCAUUCCUGCGAAAAUGUUUCGUAGAGUAUUAACAAUCGUUCAGUCUCAUUGUAAGUUAGGUUUAACGGCUACGCUCUUGCGAGAGGAUGACAAAAUUGCCGAUUUGAAUUUUUUAAUUGGUCCUAAAUUAUACGAGGCUAACUGGUUGGAAUUGCAAAAAAGAGGAUUUAUUGCAAGAGUACAAUGUGCAGAAGUUUGGUGUCCUAUGACACCAGAAUUUUACAGAGAAUAUCUUGCUUGCAAAAUGAGCAGAAAACUGUUAUUGUAUGUGAUGAAUCCAAAUAAAUUUCGCUGUUGCCAAUAUUUAAUUCGAUAUCACGAGAGACGUGGCGAUAAGACAAUUGUCUUCUCCGAUAAUGUAUUUGCAUUAAAACACUACGCUAUUAAAAUGAAUAAGCCAUACAUUUAUGGUCCUACUAGUCAGAGUGAAAGAAUACAAAUUUUACAAAAUUUUAAAUUUAAUAUGAAAGUGAAUACAAUAUUUGUCAGCAAAGUAGCAGAUACUUCUUUUGAUUUACCCGAGGCUAAUGUCUUGAUUCAAAUUUCAUCCCAUGGUGGGUCUAGAAGGCAAGAAGCACAACGAUUAGGACGUAUUCUUAGAGCUAAAAAAGCAAGAGUCGAGCGGUACGUGGUCGCGUGCGGGUGGAAGGGUAAAGGAAAUAACAUUGAGGCCAGGUGAAUAGGCUAGUGUCUUUUGUUAAACGCACUCGUCUGUUUUUGUUCUUCAAUUUUAGCGCUAUCUAAUGCAAGAUCUUACUUACUAUGUUCCACAAUAACUGCUCUAUUUACCAUGAUUUAUUUUUGUUGCAUUUUGUUGUAUUUUCAGGCACGCAAAUCUUUUAUAUGAGACUUUUAAAUCAAAUUUCGGAAAUUCUACGUUGUUUUUACGUGUAAUUUGCACAGUAAUUUCAUUUUAAAGAAAAAGACUCAAAUAUUUGUAUGAAGCAAAUAUUGGCACUUGUUGAUAGCUUUAGAUGCCAUGUUGGACUAAUAGUAAGAUUAGAUAAAAAAGAUAUAAAUUUAGCAUUGUUAGCAUAAAGUUGAUCCGGCGGGUCCCGAUAGCGCACAUCCCGAUAGCAUACAAAUCACUUACAAUGGCAGAUGCCUAGAGAUUUUCCGUAGGUUGAGUUAGAUAAGUCAAGAUGAUUGGUUGCGCUAUCGGAACCCUCCCAAGUUGAUCACUAUGAGAUACAUUGACGACUAUACUUUAAUUGAGAAAAAGGGAUUUUAAAUCUCUAAAUUAGGAAAACGGCGUGCACGAAAAA